AUGCUAGAUUGGAAGCAGAUGGGCACCUUUGACGAAUACCGUCCUGACUUUUGGACAACUGCCGGUUCACCUAACCAAGCUCAGUCGUCCCGGUCUGUUCGCGCCAGUCUACCUCCUACGCUCGCCCAAGCCAGGUUUCUUUCUGACUUACCCGCUAUAGACGAAGCAUCGGCCCAGCAUGAGGUCUUGUCAUUACCACCCUCGGGAUCGCCUGAUCGCUUUUGGUCUGGCCACAGCUCUCAUAUCCCCGAUUCCGAAGACAUUCCUCAGGCGAGCUUUUCCUUGUCGCCGCCUGCGAAUGCCGUCAUGCAACCAACAGCGUAUGGCUCUCGCAUGUCGUACGACGAAGACGUAGUCUGUGAUACUGGUUACUCCUCUGCCAACGACUCUACCAACGACUCUGUGUACUCUUUGCUGGGGGACUCCUUGGACUACUAUGAACAAGACGACGCUUCGCCUAAUGUCAACUUUCCUGAUACGCAACAAAUAUCUCUUGCUUGCAUUCUGAAUGGGGCCCUCUUCGAGGACUCCGACCCAUGGCGUACCCUGGACGAUAUUCUGGACCUUCCUCUUUCACCCGCCGUUCUCCGAGACAUUGAACCCGAGCCGUUCAGUCUCGUCAGCUCAUGUGAUAGGAACGGUGUCGGCUAUAUCCCUGCUACUACCCCCGGCCCUGAUACUCCGGAUCUGCGGUCUAUCAAUCCUGAACUCUCAGCGUACGCCAACGAUGAGCCUGGACAAGAAGAUCACGUUCGUGACGGCCCUCGCAGCCCUCGCGAGCCCAUGUCGGAAGACUCUGGAGCUGAACCCGAUCUACCAGCAAACUCCUACGAUCCGUCUCCCAGAACGCCUCAGCGUGCCCCCUCCAGCGACAUCCCACGUGCCGCAAGUGAAGAGGUCGAUGCUGCGCUGCCAACAAGGGAAAUGAGCGAAGAUCUCGUUCCCACCCUUGCUCUACCUCCAAUUCUAGAUUCGAAUCUAGAAGCCUCCCUCGAGCUUUCCGUGGGUGUUAUCGAGGACGAGCAAGAAGAUUCGCAGAUGGUGAUGUCAUGCAGGGAGACUUCGCUGCCGGCGGAUGUUGCGGUCCAGGUGGAACGAAGUUGCUCUCCUAUGGUCGCGGUCGAUGUCGGAUGUCGAAGCUGUGGCGAGCUCCAGGAUGGAAUGGUGGAUGGUCCGUCUUUGUUCCUCGACGAUGGGCCCUCGGACUCGGAGGAGUAG